GAUGUAUAGGUGAGCGGAUCUGAAACGUUUGUAUGUUUUCAUUUGCGGAUAGGGCAGGGCAAUGUGUGAUUAGAUUUGAAACGUUUGUGUUUUCGUUUCACUAUCUGAAAUUUUUGUUGCGUUCCCUGUUUUCUUUCUAUUGUUACCUGGGAACCCUUUUUUCCUCUUGAGAUCCAGCUCUAAGAUGGAAAAGUACAGGCCUAUCGCAACUAAACUUGGCUUCCAAAGCCCUAAGAGGUAUGAUGUGUUUCUGAGUUUCAGGGAACCCGACGUGAGAAAGACUCUGGUUGAUCAUCUCUACCAAGCUCUCUCAGCAGCAGGACUGAAUGUCUUCUUAGUCGGUGACCAAUUGGAAAAGAGUGAAAUAAUUGGGUUGACCUUGGAAAAAGCAAUCGAGAGUAGUGCCAUAUGCAUUCCUAUAUUUUCUGAAGGCUAUGCGGACUCGGCUUGGUGUCUGAGGGAGGCCGCUGCAAUGUUGAGGACCCCUGGCUCGAUCAUUCCCCUGUUUUACCAUGUGGAUCCAACUGAUGUUAGAUAUCCUCUAAAGGAGUCCAGUCCGUAUAAGCAAGCAUUUCUCAGACAUUAUGCCCAUCCAGAUAGAUAUUCAGGAGAAGAGAUUGACGAAUGGAAGGAUGCCCUUGGGAAGAUCUCUUCCAACUCAGGCUGGUACAUGGAUGAAUCUCUAGGCGACGAAUUUAGUCUGGUAAGGAGGGUGGUGAUUGACGUGAUUCGGACAUUGGGCACAAGGCAGUUCGAAGUUGCCAAGCAUCCCGUAGGAUUGGACAGCGUGAAGAAUGCCGUCAUUCAGAAAUUAUAUCUCAAUUCAGGGUUAACAGAGGUGGUGGUUAAAGUUGGAAUAUGGGGCAUUGGUGGUAUUGGCAAGACCACAGUUGCAAAGGCAGUGUACAAUCAAAUUUAUGCUGAUUUUGAUGCUGCUUCAUUUGUAUUUGACGUCUGUACUACAGCUAGAAACCUCAAAGACCUUACAAAGUUGCAGAAACAAAUUCUCUCAGACUUAUCCAAUUAUAAUGAAGAAGUGGAUAGCGUUGACAAGGGCAUAUCUUUGUUCAAAUUUCAUUUGAGAGGAAAACGUGUGUUGCUUGUUUUAGAUGAGGUGAAUGCUGUUCUGCAAUUGGAUGCUUUGGUUGGGGAUUGGCUGGGCCCUGGCAGCAGAGUUAUUAUAACUUCCAGAGACAGACACAUUCUCAAUGUUGCUGGGGUCUCAUUGGAAUGCAUCGUCGAGGUGGGUGGAUUGGAGAUAAAUGAAGCUCUCGAGUUGUUUAGCUGGCACGCGUUUCUCCAAUCAUCGCCGAGUCCCAGUCACGAAGACCUGUCCAAAAAAAUAGUGGAAGCUUGUAAGGGACAUCCUCUUUCAUUGGAAGUGAUUGGAUCCUUCCUGUAUGAUAGGCAAGAUGAUACAAGUUGCUGGACACGAGCCCUUCACGACAUUUCCUUCCACCCAGACAUUUAUCAAACACUAUACAGCAGUUAUAGUUCUCUUAGUGAUGAGGAAAAAGAAAUAUUUGUGGAUAUUGCUUGCUUCUUUAUCGGAGAAGAGAAAACAUGUCCCAUUGUUUUCUGGAAAUCCUUGUACAAGAUGGUAGACACAGCUGUAUCCAAUCUUUUAAUGAAGUCAUUGAUAACAAUUGACAACACAGGAUUAUUUGGUAUGCAUGACCUUUUGCGAGAUAUGGGGCGGACCAUUGCUAAAACAGAAAAAGAGGGCACCCGACUAUGGGAGACUGCCCAUUUAAACACAGUAUCUCACAUCAGAUUCUCUCGCCUUCAACUUAAAAGAGGAAAUCCACAAAGGCUUGCAAUGCUCUGGAGACCUGGUCUUCACUAUCUUCAUUUGCAGAAUCUGCUCAUUGAAGACAUGACAGAAGAUACGCUAGACAUGCUUCCUUCAAGUCUAAUAUGGUUGAGGUUGGAACAUUGUUCCUUUAAAAUUGAGAUGCAAGAAGCCGACAAGAAUCCACGUCACCACAGAUCGAUGGAUAACAUUAUGGAGUUGAAGAUAAUGCAGCUGAAAGGCUGCUAUGAUUUGGGCAUCUCGUCCCUGUUUCCACUUUCUAAUUUACGCCUCCAACAUUUGGACCUGGAAAGGUGUGAAAGCUUAUACAACCUCCCUGAUACCAUUGGUUUCCUGUCACAGUUGCAGCACUUGUAUUUGGGAGGGUGUAGAAACUUAAAUAACCUCCCUGAUAUCAUUGGUAACCUGUUGCGGUUGCAGCAUUUGUACUUGGGAGGGUGUCAAAACAUAAAUAACCUCCCUGAUACCAUUGGUUUCUUGUCACAGUUGCAGCACUUGUACUUGGGAGGGUGUAGAAACUUAAAUAACCUUCCUGAUACCAUUGGUAACCUGUCACAGUUGCAGCACUUGUACUUGGGAGGGUGUCAAAACAUAAAUAACCUCCCUGAUACCAUUGGUAACUUGUCACAGUUGCAGCACUUGUACUUGGGAGGGUGUCGAAACUUAAAUGACCUCCCUAAUUCUAUUGGCAACCUAUCACAGCUGCAGCAUUUGAACAUGUUUGAGUGUCUAACUUUAAAGAACCUUCCUUAUACCAUUGGGAACCUAUUACAGCUGGAGCACUUGGACUUGGAAAGGUGUGUAAGCUUAAAUAACCUUCCUGAUGCCAUUGGCAACUUGUCAUCACUGCAACAUUUGGACCUGAGAUGGUGCGAUAAGUUAAAUAAACUACCUGAAACUAUUGGCAACCUAUUCCAGCUGCAGCACUUGUGCUUGGGAAGUUGUAAGAAUCUAAAUAACCUUCCUAAUACCAUUGGCAAUCUGCAACAAUUGCAACACUUGAACUUAGAAGGGUGUAUAAACUUAAAGAACCUUCCUGAUAGCACUGGUAACCUGUCACAAUUGCAACAUUUGAAUUUAGAAUGGUGUGGAAGCUUAAAGAAUAUUCCUGAUACUUUUGGCAACUUGUCACAGCUGCAGCAAUUGAAGUUGAGAGGGUGUGAAAGUUUACAUAACCUCCCCGAUAGCAUUGACAAUCUGUCACAGCUGGAGUACUUUUUCUAAUGCAGCUUCUGGUGUAGCAGGACAAAAAAAUUGAAAUAUUCUUUAAUCCUUUUCCAUGGUGUCUGUACGUAUAUAAAAUUGAGUGCUUAGAGAGUAUUAAAUAGAAUUAUUUAGAGGCUCAAAUUUCUCUCGCGCCAAUCGUAUGGGAUGGGGAAUACUUAAAGCUCUGGAAUGAAUCUGCAACUAAGCCACUAGGGAACGCUGUAUUAAAUUCUCUCUUGUAUAAUUUAAUGGCAUGGGAAGUUAGUUUUUCUACUUCUGCAAGAAAAUGCAGAGUGAUAAUUCUAUACAUAUAUUACGAUUUA